GCAGUUGGGAGAGUUUCAGUGGACUGUAGGCUCUCCGAAUCCGUGCGUGCAAAGAGCACACACACAGACACGCACACACACACAGACACACACACCAGUUCUUCAUUGCCUUGAGCAAUCCGCAGCGAAAGAAUCCACCAGUGGACUUGGUUUUACUCUGGAGGGCUGCUUUCACCAUGAGCGCCGGGCAGACGUAUGAGAAGAAGAUUGCGAGUAUUUUAACCGAUCUACCGGGAUCUAUGAGUUGCCACCCGAGCUCCAAGGACUCUCCUACUCUCCCGGAGUCAUCGGUGACGGACAUGGGCUACUACAGCGGACAGGCGUCCCACGGCCACCACGAAUAUUAUCAGAGUCAACCGUACGGACAGCCCAUGAACUCUUACCACCACCAGUUCAAUCUGAACGGAAUGGGAGCUGCUGGAGCGUACGCCGCCAAAUCCGAAUACCCCUACACAAAUAGCUACAGACAGUACGGACAUUACAACAGAGACCACCUGCAGGCCUCGCCUCCGAGCUCAGUGAAAGAGGAGCCCGAGCCCGAGGUCCGCAUGGUGAAUGGAAAACCGAAGAAGAUCCGCAAGCCGAGGACGAUCUACUCCAGCUACCAGCUCGCCGCUCUGCAGAGGCGCUUCCAGAAGGCGCAGUACCUCGCCCUGCCCGAGAGAGCGGAGCUGGCCGCUCAGCUCGGCCUCACUCAGACACAGGUCAAGAUCUGGUUCCAGAACCGGAGGUCCAAGUUCAAGAAGCUGUACAAAAACGGCGAGGUUCCCCUGGAGCACAGUCCCAACGCCAGCGACUCCAUGGCCUGCAACUCACCGCCCUCCCCCGCAGUCUGGGAGAACAGCACCCCGCAGAGCACCCCGAUCAGCAGACCUCAGGUCCCACAGGCGACGCACAGCUCGUCACCGCCAUACCUGGAGGAUUAUAACCACUGGUACCAGCAGGGAUCACACCUACAGCACCCGGGCACCGUGCACCACCCAGUCCCGCAGCAGAGUGUGGGAGCUGUUUAUUAACACUGACUCAAGAGCAGAUUUAUCUCUCCAGAAUUUUCUCAAACGAGGUAUCUCCACAAUGACUCUGCAGAGCGAAGGUUGACUGGACCGGGAGCAGGCCUGAAGUGAAACAUUGCUUUUGGUUUUUUGGAUGAUCAAGAAUGUUUCAGGACUGGGUUUUCCAUUCACAAAGCACAUAAGGGAUUUCUGAUCACUUGUGGCAGCAUAUUUAACGGACAUCUGGCGUGGUUUUUUAAAUUAUUUAUCGCUUCUGU